UAAAGCGCAAUGGUUGAUGUAGACAAGCCGUCGUUUCCACGGCUUCUCUGGCUGAUAUUUUGCUCAGUAUGUCGUGCAUUCCGUGGCAGAGUCCUGGGCCAGGCAAGGAAGUCGAUAGCGGAUGAUGUGGUCCUCAUAACAGGCGGAGGGAGAGGGAUAGGGAGGAAGAUUGCCCUGGAGAUUGCCAAGUAUCACCCUAAACAGGUGAUCUUGUGGGCUCGUUCUCUGGAGUCAUUGGAAGUCACAGCGUCAGAAGUGGCCGCUUUGGGAGUUCCUUGUGACUUUAUGAUAUGUGAUGUCUCUGACUGUGAACAGGUUUAUCAAAGAGCCAGAGAGACCCAGGAGAAAUAUGGCCCAGUCACCAUUUUAGUGAACAAUGCUGGGAUAGUGAAGGGGGGCCAUGUUCUGGAGGCCCAGUUUGAGGAUAUCAAGAAGACUGUACAGGUCAACACACUGGGAAAUUGUUGGACCAUGAAAGCAUUCCUGCCUGCAAUGAUCAGCACCAAUCAUGGCCAUGUAGUGAACAUCAACUCUUGUCUGGGGUUCUCCACCAUCCCAAGGGGCGGGGAUUACUCCGCCUCCAAACAUGCCACUCUUGGGAUGAUGGAGGCACUGAGGGAGGAGCUACAUGAAAAGGGCGUGGCAGGUGUCCAUGUGACCACCAUACAUCCAUAUAUGGUCAGAAAUAGGAUGUUUGAAGGAUGUGAGACAAGGUAG